AGCUGAAAUCUGUAAAUUUUAAUAAUAGUUUUAUUAAAAAGCAAAUUAUUAUAAAAUUUAUUUUAUUUUAAUUAUAUUUAUUUAAUCAUUAAAAUGCAUAUGGAAUUCCAAGCUGUUGUUUUUGCUGCUGGUAAAGGGUCUCGUUUUCCUGAGGUUAUUGGACCUAGAGCGAAGUGUUUAAUACCAAUAGGUCAAUAUCCACUCAUAUGGUAUCCAUUGCGUUUAUUAGAAAGACAAGGAUUUAAAGAGGCCAUUGUUCUCGUCUUAGACUCGCACAAACUUGAAAUACAAAAUGCUCUAGAUAAAACUUCUCUUAAUUUAAAAUUAGAUUUUAUUAGUAUUCCUAGUGAAGAUUAUGGUACUGCUGAAUCACUGCGAUUUAUUCGUGAUAAACUUACUCGAGAUGUUCUGGUUGUUCCAUGUGAUAUUGUUACAGAAUCAAAUAUUGAUGAAUUGCUGCUGCUUUUCCGUCUACAUAAUGCCACUAUUAGUUGCAUGUUCUUUUCAAAUAUGGAUGAGAAACUAUUUAUUCCUGGACCUAAAAACUAUUAUAAACCAGAACAUGACAUAGUUUGUAUAGAUAAGCAAACAAACAGAUUAGUGUUAUUAGCUAGUGCCUCUGAUUAUUCCGAAAGUAUAACAUUUCCUCUACACUUAUUAAAAAAGCAUAAAUCUUUAACAAUAUUUAGCAAAUUGUUAGAUUCUCAUAUUUAUGCUAUUAGAAACGAUAUUCUAGAUUAUUUAUCUUACGAAAAGCAUAUUACCACUAUCAAAGGUGAAUUAAUACCACUUGUUGUUAAGAAGCAAUUAAGUUGUAAACUAAGUACAACUGAAAAUGAAAACUCGAAAAACUCUUUGAUGGACUCGUUAAGAAAUGAUAGCACAUUGAAUUUCAAUAGUGCAUAUAAUGAUAGUGUUAAUGGUUCUCCAAAGUAUUUUGGGGAUUCAAUUAAAUGUUAUGCAGUUGUAAAAAAAUCUAAUUGCUUGGGAAUAAGAGUUAAUAAUAUUGCAUCUUUCUGCUUAUGCAAUCAAAAGAUUAAGGAAUUGUGGCCAAAAAUUAAUAAGGAUGAAAGUGAAAUGACUUUAAUAUCACAAUCAAGUGAUAUUAAAUCAAACCAAAUUGAUGAAAAAUGUAUAAUUGGUAUAAAGAAUGUCAUCAAUGAAAAAACUAGUUUGAAGAAUACUUUAUUAGAAUCUAAUUGCGUAGUUAAUCCUAAAGUUCGAAUUACCAAUUCUCUUGUUAUGAGUGGUGUCAUCAUUGAAGAAAAUGUUAUUAUUGAGGAUUGUGUUAUUGGUUGCAAUGCAGUUAUUGGAAAAGGUUCUAACUUGAAAGCCUGUUUAAUUGGACACAGUCAUAAAGUUUCUGAAGGCAGUAUAAAGCAAAAAGAACUUCUAGAUGAAAGUGAAAGGCUAAUGGAAAUAUAA